AGAGAGAAAGGAAAGAGCAGCUGCUGUCUAACAUGUGUGGAUCUUCUGGCAUUUGCGGUGGACUGAAGACAGCUUUUCCUCCUUGCUGCUGAGCCUGACUUUAAUUCUAUUAACUGCAGGACAAUUACAACCAUGGGCUCCACAGGUACUACCGAGACAACCCGGGGAAUGGACAGCGCUCCUUUAAAGUACCCCAUAGGAGGGCAUACGGAGAAAAUGUGGCAACGGCUGAAAGGAAUAUUAAGAUGUUUAGUGAAGCAGCUGGAGAAAGGUGAUGUUAACGUGGUUGAUUUGAAGAAGAAUAUUGAAUAUGCAGCAUCUGUGCUGGAGGCGGUAUACAUCGAUGAAACAAGGAGGCUCUUGGAUACGGAGGAUGAAUUGUCGGAUAUCCAGUCGGAUUCAGUCCCGCUGGAAGUACGGGAUUGGCUAGCUUCUACCUUCACAAGGAAAAUGGGGAUGACGAAAAGGAGGCCAGAGGAAAAACCCAAAUUUCGAAGCAUUGUGCAUGCUGUACAAGCUGGGAUUUUUGUAGAAAGAAUGUAUCGAAGGACCUCUAGCAUGGUUGGUUUGGCCUAUCCAGCCGAAGUGAUAGCAACUUUUAAGGAUGUUGAUAAAUGGUCAUUUGAUGUAUUUGCCCUAAAUGAAGCAAGUGGAGGCCACAGCCUGAAAUUUAUGAUGUAUGAAUUGUUUACCAGAUAUGAUCUAUUGAGCCGUUUCAAGAUCCCUGUUCCCAGUCUUAUUUCAUUUGGAGAAGCGUUGGAAAUUGGCUACAGCAAAUACAGGAACCCUUACCACAACUUAAUCCAUGCAGCUGACGUUACCCACACUGUGCAUUGCAUCAUGCUUCUUACUGGUAUCAUGCACUGGCUCACUGAACUGGAAAUAUUAGCCAUGCUUUUUGCGGCUGCAGUCCAUGACUACGAGCAUACUGGGACUACAAACAACUUCCACAUUCAGACCAGGUCAGAUGUUGCCAUUUUGUACAAUGAUCGCUCUGUUCUUGAAAACCAUCACGUAAGUGCUGCUUAUAAGAUUAUGCAAGAAGAAGAAAUGAAUAUCCUGGUGAACCUAACCAAAGAUGAAUGGAGGGAGCUACGGAGCUUAGUCAUUGAGAUGGUCCUAUCUACGGAUAUGUCGGGUCACUUCCAGCAAAUCAAAACUAUGAGGCACACUCUUCAGCAGACCGAGGGGAUAGACAAAGCCAGGGCCAUGUCCCUGAUCCUACAUGCGGCAGACAUAAGCCAUCCGUCAAAGUCCUGGGAACUGCACUACCGGUGGACGAAGGCAUUGAUGGAAGAAUUUUUUCGACAGGGAGACAAAGAAGCAGAACUGGGGCUACCAUUUUCUCCUCUCUGUGACCGCAAAUCCACCAUGGUGGCACAAUCCCAAAUAGGUUUCAUUGAUUUCAUAGUAAAGCCAACAUUUGCUCUUCUUACUGACUCGAUGGAGAAAAUAGUUUUUCCUCUUAUAGAGGAAGCUUCAAAAUCUGGAAGUCCUACCUUUGUGUCAGCACCAAGUGAGAAUAGCAUUGGAGGAACAGGAGCUGACAUGCACAAACGAAUAAGUAUUAAAAACUCUGCAUGCGUCGGCGGGACUUGCUCAGAAAACACUUUAGCGACUGUGGACUUAAAAAGCUUUAAGGACACCUUAUUUCAGAUCAUCCAAGAAAACAAAAACAGGUGGAAAGAUUUGGCAGAAAAGGAAGAUGUGCGAAAAACUGGUGGGCUGAAAAAGGAGCAGCAGAAGGACCAAAGCAAACAUGCCCCGGACCCACAAUUAGAAGACGGAACAACAAAGACACCCAGUGGCAAGAAUCAGGGAAGCCAUGAUGAAACACCCUUAUCCAUAGACUUGUCCCGUCCAUCUGUAGUUCUUCAAGUGCACUCUCUCAAUUCUCUUUCCAACGCACCCGGCUCUGAGACUUCCCCAAAGCUUUCUUUGAAUGCAAAAGGAACGGCGGACGUACAGCAAGAAGCGCAACCCAACGUCCCACUCAAUGGAGAGUCUAACCUCAGUGAGAACUCAGGAGAGCCCCUCAAAGAGCAGAAACCGGUUGUGCUGCGCAACUAGAUGAAUGGCAUCUUAACAGUUCCUUCUGCUUUGGGAAUGAGAGGAUGAAACAGAACAGUACUAAAAUAUCUUAAUUUUCCUCGAGGCUGUUACCUUCUCUGUCAAAUCAUCCUUGGACCAUCCUACCUAUAUGCACAACUGAUAGAUACAAAUGUCGGCAUUAAAUACUACGAAGCCCUGAGCUGGUAACUCAAGGCACUUACAGCUACACUCAAGAUUCAGAAUUAUUUUAUUUCUUCUUCUUUUCUGUCGUCCUUAACUGAGUUGGAAUACAUUUUCAGCCAA